GUUGCGGAUCAUUUGAUAUUUUUAAUCACUCCCCAGUUAAUUGGAUGCAUCGGUACUCCAUUUAACCGAAACACCGUACGGUUAAUGAUGUGCAUGUUUGAUCGGGACCAUAGUGGCACAAUCGAAUUGAACGAGUUCGGUCAGCUGGUCGAUUAUGUUCAGCAGUGGCGUUCUGUAUUCCAACGAUUCGAUCGAGACGGUUCAGGCACAAUUGAUGCACGGGAAUUGCAAACCGCUUUGCGCUCGUUCGGCUACAAUCUGUCACCGAACUUUAUUCGUAUGAUGGUCAACCGGUUCGAUCGCACGCACCGAGGUGUGGUUGCAUUCGAUGAUUUUAUCCACAUGUGUGUUUCAUUGCAGGUGAGUGCCCCUCUUUCGUCAGUUAUAUUGAAAACGAUUGACGUCUUUUUAUCCCAUUCGUCUGAAUUUCAUUUGUUUUCUGCACAGUUCGGCUCAGCUUAA